AGAAUGAGAAGAAACAAAGAAACUCAACAUAGGAAAAAACGCAUUCUUGUUCUUCUUCUUCUUCCUAUUCUGUGGAUUAUGCUACCUAGCUCCAAAGCUGAAACCUUUCUCAUUAGGGUCACAUUCAAAACACUUAUUUUUUCUUCCAUGUUGUUCUAUCUCUAGAACAGCAAUGGUAGAAGACAUGUCGUGUUUCCUCUACAAGGAUAUUCUUGUUAUAACGUCUACGAAGAAAUCCCCAAUGUUGUUAAGAUCGGCAGUCUUAUUGUUUUCAAUGGUCAGCGUCAUUUUCAUCUUCUGUGUAUGUAUAAAACAGAUAACUACUGAUGCAAGGACUAAAUUUAUGGAAUCGAAUGUCAUUCAUAACCUUACUCCGGGUAGAUUAAAGCAAACACAUAUUCCUAACAUACUAAAUUAUCCCGAACCUUUAUCCUUUAACAGGAAUGAGUGUGCUCCUAAUCCUGUCAUGUUCUUUGCAAUAUUGUCGAAUCAGAGAUCAGGUAGCGGGUGGUUUGAGACCCUUUUGAAUAGCCACAUUAAUGUAAGUUCAAACGGCGAGAUAUUUUCUGUUAAAGAGAGAAGGCAAAAUGCUUCCUCAGUUUUGCAGACUUUAGAUAGAGUAUACAAUUUGGACUGGCUUAGUAGUGCUUCCAAAAAUGAGUGUUCUGCUGCAGUUGGCUUCAAGUGGAUGCUUAAUCAGGGAUUAAUGGAUCACCACAAGGAAAUAGAAGAAUACUUCAAGCGUAGAAAUGUUUCUGUCAUAUUUCUUUUCAGGAGAAACCUACUACGAAGGAUGGUAUCUAUGCUAGCCAAUUCCUAUGACAGUCACGCAAAGCUAUUGAAUGGAACACAUAAAUCUCAUGUACAUUCUGCAGAAGAGGCUGAUAUUCUUUCGAAGUACAAGCCUUUCAUAAAUUCUACAUCAUUGCUUAAGGACUUGAAGGAUAUGGAGAUGAAAUCUGCAAAGGCUUUACAAUACUACAAUAGCUCUCGCCAUAUGAUUCUGCACUACGAGGAUCUUAUGAGAAAUCAUACUAAGCUAAAAGACGUGCAAGAGUUUUUAGGAUUGCCAGAAAUGGAGUUAACGAGUCGUCAAGUUAAGAUACAUAAAGGACCAUUAUCAGAUCAUAUUCAGAACUGGGAUGAUGUUAACAAGGCGUUGACAGGAACCGAGUAUGAGAGUUUCCUUGAAGCUGACUAUUAACUCUUAGUCUCUUCUAACCAUAGAAAAAGUUGUACAUAACAACUUCACUUCUUAUGUAACACUGAUUAAAGAUGUGUUUGGUGUCGUACACAUGUUAGUGUCUGAUACGACACUUCAUGAAAAGCCCUGAGCGUUCCGUUGGCGUGUUCAAUGUCCGACACAUAUCAGUGUCCGAUACAAAACUUCAUGAAAGGCCUCGAGCAUUCUGUUUUGGUUUUGGAAAACUACCUCGGUGUUUCUGAUGCCUUUUCUUGUCACCAAGUCAACUCCUAAUGGAUGAAAUGAAUGCUUAUGUUCAUUAUAAUCCCUUUUAUUCUUCUUCUCAGAGUUAACAUGUAUAUAUGUCAAUGUCAUUGUCACCUAAUUAAGUUACUCAACACAUUUUUUGUGAUUA